ACCACGGGGGCGGUCAGAGGGGCUGCCCUUUCCACCUCCAUUCACACUCACCGAUGUUGCGUUUCUCUUUCUUUGUGCACGUCUGCUUUCGCACGUAUGCAGAGACACGUUUUUGUUUUGGAGCGAAUUAAAGCUUCGACAUUGAGUUUUAAGUCAUUUUUUAAGAAAUAUAGAGCCACAAUUCUAUCCUGUGUUUUUUUUUUUACUUUGUGUUUUGUUACUUUGAAGUAGGCUACUUCUUUAGUCGAUGGAGUCGAGUAGGUAGAUGUUGCUGGAUAAUGGUUUAUUCAUCUGCAAUUUGAGAAGAAGAGAUUCUUUUCAGCUUGCAACAAAUUGCCACUUGUUCCCAGAUUGGUUACGCACAAACGGAACAAUUGCGGUUUGAAAUAAUGAGUUUGCUUUCAUGAGAAACUGACGGAGAUAUGGAAAUAAUAGGUGGCUGGUGUUUUAUGGCAAAUAAGUAAUAAUGCAUACAACUUGUGUCGGACAUUGGGAGGUUGGAGUGAAGAUUGAUGCGCCUCGGCAAAAAGUACUUAGUUCAGAGGGACUUUUAUUAAGAAUAAUCAGAUGGAUUAUUCUCGUUUUCAUGAUUUUGGUUUGCGCAUUGCCCCAGGACGCUUCGAGUGCAAGUUUAACAGGAGUCCAAAUUAAGCAUCAAGGAGUUUGUCCGAACACGCUGAAUGCCAACCUCUGGGUCGAUGCACAAAGCACCUGCGAGAGGGAAUGCAACGUCGACGAGGACUGCGCAGACUUUGAGAAGUGCUGCACCAACGUGUGUGGGCUCAAUAGCUGUGUGGCUGCCCGGUUCUCUGAUGGCACACCAGCCCAGCCGGACGGCCUGGAUCGUGGAGCAGGCAGGGACCAGGUCUCAGUUGCCACCUGCCAGGGCUUCAUCUGCAGCCAGCAGGGGGCCACCUGUGACAUCUGGGAGGGCCAGCCCAUCUGCAAGUGUCAGGACCGCUGCGAGAAGGAGCCCAGCUUUACCUGCGCCUCCGACGGCCUCACCUACUUCAACCGCUGCUAUAUGGACGCCGAGGCCUGCGUACGAGGGGUAACCAUCACGGUGGUCACCUGCCGCUUCUACCUGGCUGGGCCCCAAGCCAGCCCUCUACCCCAGGACACCACAGCCAACCCCACCCCAAGCUCCUCCCGGGAGGACACCAUGCCCCCUACGCUCUUCUCCAACCCCAGCCACCAGUCCAUCUAUGUGGGGGGCACCGUGAGUUUCCACUGCGACGUCAUUGGGGCACCGCGGCCCGACGUCACCUGGGAGAAGCAGAGCGAUCGCAAGGAGCGCCUGGUGAUGCGUCCCGACCAGAUGUACGGCAACGUGGUCAUCACCAACAUCGGUCAGCUGGUUAUCUACAACGCCCAGGUGUGGGACACGGGCGUCUACAGUUGCAUCGCCCGCAACAGCGGCGGGGCCCUGCGCGCCGACUACCCCCUGUCGGUCGUCCGGCGCGCCGCCGACGACUUCUCCGAGGACCCGGAGUUGGGGAUGUCCAUGGGGCGUCCGUUCUCGCCCGCCGACUGCCUGGCGGAGGUGGAGCGGCGAGACUGCGGCGGCGAGCGCCAGGUGGACUGGUACUACGACAGCAAGCAGGCCACCUGCGUGGCGUUCGGCAACAACGGCUGUGAGGAUGGCCGCAACCGCUUCCAGACGUACGAAGAGUGCCGGGCGUCGUGCCAGCGGGAGGGCGCGGGCACCUGCUCCCUGCCCGCCGUCCAGGGCCCCUGCAAGUCGUGGCAGGGCCGCUGGGCCUGGAACUCCCUCUCCAAACAAUGCCAGGCCUUCGCGUACGGCGGCUGCCACGGCAACGCCAACAGCUUCCGCAGCAAGAAGGAGUGCGAGGCCAGCUGCCCCCGCGCCAAGAGCCGGCCCUGCAAGACAUGCCGCGUCAAGGGCAAGAUGGUGCCCAGCCUCUGCCGAAGCGACUUCGCCAUCGUGGGCCGACUGACGGAGCUGAUCGAGGACCUGGACUCGGGGAUCGCCCGCUUCAGCCUGGACGAGGUCCUGCGCGACGAGAAGAUGGGCCUGGCCUUCUUCAACACCAGGCACCUGGAGGUGACGCUGGCUAAGAUCGACUGGGGCUGCCCCUGCCCCAACAUCACCAUGGAGGAGGGCCCCCUGCUGGUGGUGAUGGGGGAAGUGCAGGACGGCAUGGCUGUGAUCCAGCCAGACAGCUACGUCAGACCCAUCACAGACCGGAGGCUGAAGAAGAUCCGCGAGGUGAUAGGGAAGAAGACCUGCCAGAUGCUCCACAGGUUUCAGGACUGAUGCUGGUCACCUUGACUACAGGGGGGUUAUCGUAACUGUUGACGUCAUCAUUGUAAAUGAUGUUAUUAGACACGCCGGUUGCAUCAUAUGUAACGUUGUGGAUCAUCUCAUACUGACGUAGCCAUGUACUGACCUUCCAGUACUGCCAAUAGGGUAAUAUUAUGGUGAGUCAUGGUGAGUGUCUUUUUGUUGGCGUGUUAAGUGUUUGUAUUACAUUUCACUAAAAGUCAUGUUUAUGUAUAACCAACUGUGAAGAAUCUCAACAAAGCAUUUGGUAAAUCACUCCCUUUCAUUGUAAAUAUCCCUGUUCUUUAAACCAUUAAGUUGUAUUACAAAAA